AUGUUGGUUGCUAAUGAGAGCAUUGGGGAGAUUUUAUUUUUGCAACAAAUAUUUCAGGUUGUGCUGUCUGAGGAAGUAAUAAUCAAAAUUAUUUUACCAAUGUUCUUGUCUUUAUUUUUUAUCUAUUUAAAUAUCAUCAUGGUCUACACUCUUUGGAGUAAGCCUGUUUUUAAAGAGACUCCACGCUAUAUUCUGUUUGCCCACAUGCUUCUCAAUGACUCAAUUCAACUUCUCUUUUCCUCCCUGUUACUCAUCUUCAGUUUGUCUUUACUGAAGUUAGUCACAGCUGCUUGUGCUUUCAUAGUUUUUGUUUCAGGUACAACAUCCUGUAACGCACCUUUAAACCUGGCAGCGAUGUCACUAGAGCGUUAUUUGGCCGUAUGCUUUCCUCUAAAACAUGUUCAAAUAGCCACUCAAAGAAGGACUUAUGUUGCUAUAGGAAUCAUUUGGUUUAUUACUUCUGUAAACUUUAUAAUUGACAUGCUUAACAUAAUAGUAAUAGAUCCUAACUAUCUAUCCUCACAAAUCAUUUGUAAAAGAGUAACACUUUUUGUUACACAAUGGCAAAAUGAUGUUUAUCAUAAAGUUGGCAUAAUUUUCUUUGUGUUAGUCUCUAUGAUCAUCCUUUUCACUUAUAUCAGCAUUUUGAUCACAGCAAGGUCCAUUUCCUGCAAUAAGGACUCUGCCAUAAGAGCACACAAGACCGUGCUGCUGCAUCUCAUCCAGUUGGGUCUGUGCCUCACCUCUUAUCUUUAUAACAUUAUUGAGCAAGCUGCUUCAAUGGUUGGCAGUAGUAAACGUUUUGCAGACUUGCGUUACUUAAAUUAUUUGUUUGUCCUGGUCUUGCCACGUUGUCUAAGUCCACUUAUUUAUGGACUGAGAGAUGAUUCUUUACGGCCCUUAUUCAUGUACUACUUUCUUUGUGCAACAGGAAAACACAAGCCUACAGUAAAAGUUUACUAA